GUUAACGUUUAUCAACAAUAAAAUCGUAUCCGUUUACAUAUACAUUUUGUUAACCUCCUUGAAACUUUAACAGUUGAAGAAAACCAUUUUCCUGAAAGAAUAAAAUAAUAACUUAUUCAGAUUGCGUUCAGUAAACAAACUCUCGACAAACUACGAUUCUAGAUUGGUUUCCCCGUGUUCCAAGAGCACAAGCUAGGCAUCUCAUCAAUAUCAGCACAGUCACAAUACAAUUAACAUAAAUACAUAAAAAUCAGAAAAAAAUGCAAGAAGGUUAGUGACUAAGAAAAAUAUAGCCAAUUAAAGACAUUUUGAUGGUAAUGACAAUACUAAAACCAAAUGCACAUCACUUUCGUAUUCAUGUUCCUGAUACAGAUUGCAAAAUCAAAAGUUCUGUUAGAACUACCAGAUCACAUGAUAGAAUUAGGAAAAGAACUAAAAUUAAAAUGCAAAUCUCUCAAAGAUAUUCAUUCACACCAAAGCAGACAGUGGAGAGGUGGUGAAGACAAUAAACUGUUAUGCUAUGACGGGGUAACGAUUGACUCACUGAAAUAUAAAGAAGAAAUAAAAUCUUCAACUACUUAUGAACUCACUGUUGAAAAAGUAUCAGAAAGUGACUUACAGUGUCCUUAUGCUUGUCGAAUUGGAUUUGACAUAGACCAAAAGUUUUUAAACGUCAACAAAGAUAAUUUUAUUCAUAUGCCAGAUAUAAAUGCAACUAAUCUCAUUUACGAGCAGCAAAAUGGAACAUACAGACUCAGUUUUGAACUGCAUAAAGUCUACCCAAAACCAGUUUGUAUGGUGAUCUCAAAUGGAGCUAUACAAAAUUUAACUGUUACAGACGAAGUAAAGUCACGUGUCCUAUUAAAUGUUACAUAUGGAAUUGAAUCUGAUGAACCACUUCAUCAAUGUUUUGAGCCCAUAACAAUUGAAUGUUUAAUAGGGAGAAGGACUCAUACAAUAACCACAACGAACACAUUUGGAUGCAAAAGUAAGUUUUUGUAG